AUUACCCACGACAGAUAAUCGAUCCAUCUCCAGAUUAAACCCCCGUGCGUGCGGAAGCAACAACAGACCCGAUCGACCCCUCUUAAUUUCCCGGUGCAUAAGCAAUUGCUCAAUCAACUCGAUGACGAAGAUUUUCAGGUGCAGCUUCAACCGGUCCAAGCAACCCGAGCCGCCAGAGGAGGAAGAAUCGUCCGCGGCCGCAGCAGCAUGGGAGUAUGUGGAUCUCGAGGACGGCCAAGGCAAACACGGCGGCGGCAUGGACUCUGACGCCUCACCCACGGUCGGCGUUGUCGCCACCAUCGCCAUUGUCAUCUAUUGCGUACUAGUGGGAUGUGUCUACCUGGGCGUCGCCUACAUCUAUCACGACAUCACACUGGCUGGAUACGUAGCCUUUGUUGGCGCCAUGUUACUCGCCAUGGUGGCCAUCUUUCUGUCCCGUCUCGUCCCCGGUGGCUUCUCGUGGUGGACGACUACGGUUUCUGAUUGAGACCCCUUCAUUGUCUCCAUUGCAUCUGUGUGAGUAUUAAUCUGUUAUCAUCGUCAUUAUA